AUGGAGUCGGUGAGCUCCCAUUCGUCGCACCAAUCGAAGCACGAGCGAGACGAGGAUCCGGACGAUUUGUUUGACCUCGACGCGAGUCCUCCUGGGGACGCAGCGGUGAUUUCAACGGCGACAACCGGUACGAGCUUGGCAUGCGUGCGUCUCUCGGUGUUUUCGGAGCUCAAGGAGUUCAACGGAUGCCACUCAAGCGAGGAGAAAGCCCGAGCUUGGUUCAACCGUUUGAAAUCCGCGUCCCGUCGAGACGCAAUGACGGGAGACGAGGUGGGUGCCCUAUUCGGGGACCUGAUGGCCGGGCCCGCGCGCCAGUGGUACUUACAACUCACGAAGACGACACGGAAGCCUUGGACGGAGCUGACGGAUCAGUUCCGUAUCCAGCACUGCGGCAAGGGGUACCUGUAUCGCAUUAACGUCGCAGGGAUGCGGGUCAAGAUUCACUAUGCCGACAGAAGCCCGGAAGAGAAGCGAGAGCACGUGGAACUGUUCAUCAACACGCUGAGAGCUCAAGAACAGGAGCUCGCCAAGGCCGCGAUGAAGAAGAUCGGGCCAAGUUGUUCGUGGAGGGCCACGCGCCGCUCGUUGAAAGCCCGCGACACGAGUUUGCUUCGGGAAACGCGGGACUCGAUCGCCCGAAGUGUCGGCACUGCGGGUCUCGUCGACACGCAGAAGGAGACUGUUGGAGCCUGCUCACGUGUCAGAAGCGCCGAGGUGUCCAUCUUGGACACCACCUUUGCUCGUGAGGUAGGCUGCCAGAUCGAUACGAGCGUCACUCAAGAGUGCAUUCGCGACGAGACGUACUUCACAGUAGGUAGAACCCGCAUCAAGAUCACCUUGGCCGGGGACCUGGUUGGUCAGCACGCAAUUCCGGGAAUGGACUUCAUGGUACCAGCCGGAGUGCGAAUCGAUGCAGCCGAUGGUACCACAUGUCUCCCGGAUGAAGUCCGGAUUCAGCUGAUUGGGAGACGGCCACUGUACGGAUCGAAGAUGCGCGCGGUGAACAUUCCAAGCUUGACGCGCAUCGUGAUAGGAGACUCGUAUGACGUACCGCUGAGUCCCGAUAAGAUGGCGCCGAAGCUAUGGGUAACACGUGAGGUGACGUGGGUGACCUCUAUGAUCAAGGCUCGGGUCGGACGACGGACGUAUCUACGCGUGACGAACGUCGGCGAAAAGGCAGUCAUCCUGGACGCUCACACCACGAUUGCUUGGUGGACACCAGUUGAUACUAACUUGGCGUUUGGUGCAACCGCCGAAGUGAACGACGGAGAGCUAUUCCAAGGCCCAGAGACCCCGAUGACGGUACGACGAGAGUAUCAGGACCCGAAAUCCAUCCUGCUACGGACCGAGACUGAGGCCAAGACAGGAAGCGAACGACGCGGCCCCGUCGUGAUGACGGCCGUCGUUGAGCGCGGAUCGACGGGCGGCCAGAAGGAGAUGACGGAGACUCGGGACGCGGAUGCGUUAAAAUCGGAACCCGCGGAGAGUCAAGCGACGAAAACCCCAGACGACAUAGAAACGCAAGACCUGAAACUCGAAGAAAUCCCCGAAUACGAAAACGCAGACGCGGAGGAGAUCCUACAUGAGGGUUCAGAGCUGUUCGCCGAGGAUCUGGAAGCCGAGAUGGCGGUGCUGCCGGAAAUUCCACUGAUCGCGGACGUCAAGAUCGCAGACCUGAAGACCGGGCGCCCCGCAGACGUCGACCUGAAUGAGGCCUCGAAAGGCGUAGUGUGCGACAUCGACGUGGGAAAUGCGAAACCGAUCGCUCAACGCGUGCGAAAAAUAUCGAGUCAGUUUCCGGAGAAGCUAGCUGAUUUGAUCAGAGGCCUGCUCAGCGUCCGUAUGGUCCGUGCUUCAAAGUCUCCAUGGGUAUCCCCCAUCGUUAUCAUCGUGAAGAAGAACGGGGUAGAUAUCCGGCUCUGCGUCGACUAUAGAAUUGUCAACAGCCUGACGCAGCUGAUGGCUCAUGUAGCCUUCAUCACGCCGUUCGGCCUGUUUGAAUGGCUACGCAUGCCCUUCGGACUGUGCAACGCGCCACAGGUUUAUCAACCGCUCAUAGACAACGCGUUGUACGGGUUCUGGAAGCUGUCGCCCACCGGCGACACUCGCGAUGUGUUCAACGACGGCGAUCCAGCGAUGCCCGGAACGAGCUCGGUGUUAGGUCGACGAUCAGACAUCGACGACAUACUGAUCGGGGAUACGACGUGGGACGACCUGUGUGAAAAGGUUGAACGUCUGCUAGAGGUCUGCGAAGAAUGGCAUCUGUCGAUUAGCGUCGAGAAGAGCGGGUGGGGGAGCUUGAACUACUACCACAAGUUCAUCCCCGAGUUCGCGAUCUAUGCAACGACGCUAUACUCGCUCUCGGAACGCGAUUUUGGCGAAUACGUCACGAACCCGAAAGCCCGCAACCAGGAAAAGUGGCCCGUCGUGAUGUUGUACGCGAGUGACUGGGCCAUCUCGGCCGUACUUGCACAAGAACACGAUGGCGUGUACAUGGCGGUGAAGUUCACGAGUCGAACGCUGAAGCUGAACGAGUUGAACUACAACAUCACCGAGAAGAAAAUCCUGGCGCUGUUGCGAGUUUUGAACGACGAUCAUACCAUGCUGGUCGGGAAAACCAUACGCGUACUGACGCGAUAA